AUGUGCACGGCAGGCGGCCCGGCCAAUGGCGAGCCCUACACCUGCGCCAAUGACGGCACCUUCAUCGAUCUGCGCGCAAGUGGAUCCACCUGGCCAACGGCGGGGCCGAGCGAGGCACUGCGCUUCAAGCAGGUCGUGCCGCACGAGUGCGAGCAGGCCAUCGAGAAUCUGGUGUCGCUGACGAUCAACUUCUCCAACGACGCCAUGCGCAUGUCUUGGCUACUGCGAACCAUCCGGUGCCGGCUGGAGUGCGUCUACCUCAUCGACGGACCGGCCCUGAGCAAGCACCACUGCGUGGAGGACACGGCGGCGCUCAACUUCAUCACAGGCGGCAAAGCGGAUGCCUCGGAGUACAGGACCGCGCUCAAGCCCGCCGCCCUUCGGGCACUGUAG